AUGCCAAUACUUCCUCCCCACCUACUUGGCGCCAUCGCCCAAAGCAACGCCAACUCACCCGAGGAACAAGACGCUGCCCAGAGGACCCUGGACACUGACAAUAAACGCAGCGCCAAGAGAACCAAGAUGUCUUCCUCGUCAGGCACCAAGCCUUCAAACCCCUCGCUUCGCCGCUUAGUCGACUUCUACGAUCCCGACACCAAGGGUCCUGAUGGCGCUGGCCGUACCUUGGAGCAGAUACUGGCAUGGGCCGACCACCGCCUGGAAAUCCAGCACGACUACAUCCAGGUCCUGUUCCCGCUGCCCGAAGGCUCGGUCUUCAACUACACUGCCCCUGUCAUCGACGAAGAGACCUUCCUCUACUUUCGGCAGCAUGGUGGUCUGAAGGCCAACGUCCGCCGCGCUCUCACGCGCAUGCUCGCCUUCUACGGAUUCAGCAUCGACUGUGAGCAGCCGGCUGGAGAGAAGGGGAAGGUCACCAUUGAGGGCAAGGAAGGCUGCACGGCGAACUUUGUCCUAUGGGUCAGACGCAUGGAUCAUAAUCACCUCCGCAUCACCCGUAUUAUCAGAAGCCUGCGCGUGCUCGGACUGGAAGAGGAAGCGAAGGCCUUUUUCGAGGCGCUGAUUUGGACCUGCGACAACUUCGGACGCAUUGGAGACAACCUCCAACGCAUUGGAAACUCGAGCAGAGAUUUCUGGCAGCGUGCCGCCAAGGGUUCGCUGCAUAUCGCACCUGACGGCACUGAGGUGGAGUGGCUGGAGAAGGGUGACACUGAAGGGGACUACGAGAUGAAGGAAGGUUAA